AGGGCACAAUGGAUGAAGACCGUGAGAUGGACGAGGUGAAUGUCCAGGGGAACAUAGAGGUUGCUGAGGCUUCAGACUGUGACGAGGAAAUUGAGAUGAUACCUUGUUCUCAGCAAAAUGAGCCCUUAGACCCUCCAUGUAACCAACCAGCGAAUCCUCAACCUAUAAACAUAGUGGUAAAUGGUUCUACUUUGGGUGCCUCAAACUCAAAACAAGCUAAUGGUGUUGCCCAACGAGCCAAUCUUGCUUCAAGUAAAGCAAACAAUGGAGGUGGAGAUGGUGGGUUUAACCAAGCACAUAACAUGGGCCCAAGUAGUAACGUAGCCAGACAGCAAUAUCAGAUGUACGCUAGGGCUGCUGGUUCUAAUCGCAAUAACCCAUCCAAUCAAAAAGAAGCCCCACUUGUUCAACGGUUUGAAGAGCCUGAACUGGAAGCUGCUGGUGGAGCUGAAGAAGUAGAAAUCGGAGGUCCUAAUAUGCCUGUACCUCACAACUGGCAGGCAACUAAGACAACAAUUAAAGAAAGACUUGGUUUUAUGUUUAAUAAUGAUAUCAUGGCAGAUGUACAUUUCAUUGUUGGGAAAGGUAUGAAUAUAAAACGUAUCCCUGCUCACAAGUUUGUUCUCUCUGUAGGCAGUGCUGUGUUUGACGCUAUGUUUAACGGAGGUAUGGCAACCACUCUGCCUGAAAUAGAGCUCCCAGAUGUCGAACCUUCAGCUUUUCUAGCACUCUUAAGAUUCCUCUAUUCUGAUGAAGUACAAAUUGGUCCAGAGACAGUAAUGACCACAUUAUACACAGCCAAGAAAUAUGCUGUGCCAGCAUUAGAAAGAGCAUGUGUUGAUUUUUUAAAGCGGAAUCUGAGCCCGGACAAUGCUUUUAUGUUACUUACCCAGGCCCGCCUUUUUGAUGAGCCCCAGCUAGCUGCUUUGUGUUUAGAAACUAUCGAUAAGAAUACAUCAGAGGCACUAGCUGCUGAGGGGUUUACAGAUAUCGACCUUGAGACCUUAUGUGUGGUGCUAGAAAGAGACACAUUAGGGAUAAGAGAGUGUAAGCUAUUUAAUGCAGUAUGCAGGUGGGCUGAAGCUGAGUGCAUCCGUACUGGACAGUCAGCAGAACCGACCAAUCAGAGAGCAGUUCUUGGAAAAACUUUGAACCUUAUUCGGUUUCCUUUAAUGACUGUUGAAGAAUUUGCAGUAAAUGCUGCACAGAGUGGUAUAUUAACUGAUCGUGAAACAGUAGCAUUAUUUCUACAUUUCACGGUAAAUCCGAAACCUUCUGUGAACUUCUUGGAUGUGCCUCGCUGCUGCCUUACAGGAAAGGAGCAGGUUGUGUCCAGGUUUAUGCAGAUAGAGAGUAGAUGGGGCUAUAGUGGAACCUGUGACAGAAUAAGGUUCAUGGUGAACAGGAGAAUAUUUGUAGUUGGUUUUGGCCUUUAUGGUAGUAUCCAUGGUCCAACUGAAUACUCAGUUCACAUACAGAUCAUCCACUCCAGUGGCAAGUGUAUAGCUGCCAACGAGACAAGUUUUCAAUGUGAUGGAUCUAACUCUACAUUUAGAGUGAUGUUCAAGGAACCAGUCGAGAUACUGCCCAACACUAACUAUAUCGCAUCUACAACUCUCAAGGGGCCUGACUCUUACUAUGGUACCAAGGGCUUAAGGAAAGUGACCCACGAGUCAGUAUCUAGCGGGAAAGUCACAUUUCAAUUCACUUACGCUGCUGGAAACAACAAUGGCACAUCAGUAGAGGAUGGACAAAUCCCAGAAAUAAUCUUCUACACCUGA